AUGCUCGCUUCCGCUAAGAGUGAACUGAGACCAAAAGAUUUUAACCUAUUUACACUGCUUAAAGCUUCCAUGAAUUUCUUUCGGGAAGGCAUGAAAGAGAACUUACGUGGUAUGGUUAAUGAUCUUGAUCUUGAACAUUUACUGCCCCAUCAAUUAAAUGAUGAUAUCAUUAAAAAUUUCGAUAAAUUAAAAGAUAAGUAUAGUGAACAAGUACCUGAAGACGAUUCAUCUUUGGAUGGAGCUAAAAGAAUAGCUAACAAAAUAAUAAUAGGAGAAGUCGAGAAAUUUAAGUCAGAAGCUGCUGAAAAGGCUAGGAAAGUUAACCCUAUAGAAGUUCAAGUAGAUGCUAUAUUGCAAAAUCUGUCAGCCUUGCCACGAGAAAAGAAGUGUUGCAUUGCGUAUAGCAGAAUAAGUAGCCAGUAUAAAGGUGAUGAAAGAGCGAUAAUGGAGAACAUCUUACUAAAAAAAUUAGAGAUAACGAAAAAAGAAAUGAAUAAGAUGCUAGAAGAGAAUGAUAUAAGCAAGCUAAAAUUAGCACUUGAUGAUGCAUGUAAGAAAAGUGGAAAAAGCAUAGAAGAAAUGAUAAAAGAAGUAGAAGAAGUGGUCUCAAGUCGUUUCUCGCAUGAAGUAUCUGUUAGUAAUAUAGCAACAGAGUCAGCGCGCUUAUAA